GAUUCACGAUCUGUAAUGGGUGACCUUGGAUGGAUAGCACACCCAAAAAAUGGGUGGGAAGAAAUUGGAGAGGUCGAUGAAAAUUAUGCUCCAAUACAUACAUAUCAAGUGUGUAAGGUGAUGGAACAGAAUCAGAACAACUGGCUCCUGACAAGCUGGAUCUCCAAUGAAGGAGCAUCAAGGAUCUUUAUUGAACUUAAAUUUACACUCCGAGACUGCAACAGUCUACCAGGUGGCCUGGGGACUUGUAAAGAAACCUUCAAUGUGUAUUACUUUGAAUCUAAUGAAGAAGAUGGGAGAAAUAUUAGGGAAAAUCAAUAUAACAAGAUUGAUACUAUUGCUGCUGACGAGAGUUUUACAGAGUUGGAUUUGGGAGACAGAGUUAUGAAGCUAAAUACUGAGGUGAGAGAUGUUGGGCCCCUGACCAAGAAAGGUUUUUACCUCGCCUUUCAGGAUGUGGGUGCUUGUAUUGCGCUGGUGUCUGUACGUGUGUACUACAAGAAGUGUCCUUCAGUUGUGCGAAAUUUAGCAUUUUUUCCUGAUACGAUAACUGGGGCAGACUCUUCACAACUCUUGGAAGUAUCAGGAUCUUGUGUCAACCUUUCCGUAACAGAUGAAGCUCCCAAAAUGCAUUGCAGUGCAGAAGGUGAAUGGCUAGUUCCAAUUGGAAAAUGCAUGUGCCAGGAAGGAUAUGAGGAAAAGAAUAAUACAUGUCAAGCGUGUCAGCCUGGCUUCUUCAAGUCUUCACCUCAGAGUCAGACCUGCAGUAAGUGUCCACCUCACAGUUACACCCACGAGGAGGGAUCAACUUCUUGUGUCUGUGAAGAGCGUUAUUAUAGGAGAGAGUCUGAUCCGUAUUCAAUGGCAUGUACAAGGCCACCCUCUUCUCCACGAAAUGCUAUUUCCAACAUCAACGAAACCAGUGUAUUCCUAGAAUGGAUGUUCCCUGCGGAUACAGGUGGCAGAAAAGAUGUUUACUACAAUAUUAUAUGCAAGAAGUGCAACUUGGUCUCCAACCUGUGUGACGAGUGUGGUAUCCAUGUGCGUUACAUACCUCAGCAAACUGGUCUUAGAAACACAUCGGUUAUGGUUGUUGACUUACAGGCUCACACCAAUUAUACCUUUGAGAUUGAGGCUGAAAAUGGUGUGUCUGAACAGGGAACAGGACCUCGUCAGUAUGUGUCUGUCAAUGUGACCACCAACCAGGCUGCUCCAUCCCCCAUCUCCGUUGUAAAGAAGGGGAAGAUUGCCAAAAACAGCAUUUCUUUAUCCUGGCAAGAACCCGACCGACCCAAUGGUAUCAUCCUUGAAUAUGAAAUCAAAUACUUUGAAAAGGACCAAGAAACCAGCUACACCAUCAUCAAAUCCAAAGACACAGAUACCAUUGCAGAGGGACUGAAACCUGCAUCAACGUACAUAUUCCAGAUACGAGCACGCACUGCCGCUGGGUAUGGGGCUUUCAGUCGCAGAUUUGAGUUUGAAACCAGCCCAGUGUCGUUUGCUGCAACCGGUGAUCAGAGCCAGAUUCCUAUAAUUGCUGUGUCGGUCACUGUGGGGGUAAUUCUACUGGCCGGAGUCGUUGGUUUUCUACUCAGUGGCAGGCGUUGUGGUUACAGCAAAGCUAAACAAGACCCAGAGGAGGAAAAGAUGCACUUUCACAAUGGGCACAUUAAACUACCAGGAAUAAAGACGUAUAUUGAUCCCCAUACCUACGAGGACCCAAAUCAAGCAGUACAUGAAUUUGCAAAGGAAAUAGAUGCCUCCUGCAUAAAUAUUGAGCGCGUAAUUGGAGCUGGAGAGUUUGGUGAAGUUUGUAGCGGACGGAUUAAACUUCCUGGCAAAAGGGAAUUUCCUAUUGCAAUCAAGACUCUUAAAGUUGGAUAUACUGAUAAACAAAGACGAGAUUUUUUGGGUGAAGCUAGCAUCAUGGGACAAUUUGACCACCCCAACAUCAUCCACUUGGAGGGAGUUGUCACUAAAAGCAAACCAGUUAUGAUUGUCACAGAAUAUAUGGAAAAUGGCUCACUUGAUACAUUCCUAAAAAAAAAUGAUGGUCAGUUCACUGUAAUUCAGCUUGUGGGGAUGCUGCGAGGAAUAGCGUCGGGUAUGAAGUACCUUUCUGACAUGGGCUAUGUACACAGAGACUUGGCAGCAAGAAACAUUCUCAUUAAUAGCAAUUUAGUUUGCAAGGUCUCAGAUUUUGGUUUGUCGCGAGUUCUUGAGGAUGAUGCAGAAGCAGCGUAUACAACCAGGGGAGGAAAAAUACCAAUUCGAUGGACUGCUCCUGAAGCCAUUGCUUUUCGUAAGUUCACCUCUGCGAGUGAUGCCUGGAGCUACGGAAUAGUAAUGUGGGAAGUUAUAUCCUAUGGAGAGAGACCCUACUGGGAAAUGACAAAUCAGGAUGUAAUUAAAGCUGUUGAGGAAGGCUAUCGUUUGCCAAGUCCCAUGGAUUGCCCUGCUGCACUUUACCAACUCAUGUUGGAUUGUUGGCAGAAAGACCGAAACAGCCGGCCUAAGUUUGAAGAGAUUGUCAGUAUGUUGGACAAGCUGAUCCGUAAUCCAAGCAGCUUGAAGACGCUUGUUAAUGCAUCAAACAGGGUAUCAAAUUUAUUAGUUGAACAUAGUCCUGUUGGUACUGGAUCCUACAGAUCUGUCAAUGAAUGGCUCGAAGCUAUAAAAAUGGGAAGGUACUCUGAGACCUUUAUGGAGAAUGGAUAUAAUUCAAUGGAUGCAGUGACCCAAAUGACCUUGGAAGAUUUGAGAAGAUUUGGGGUGACUCUGGCUGGUCAUCAGAAGAAGAUAAUGAGCAGUAUCCAGGAAAUGAGGGCCCAGUUAUUGAACGGAAUGGUACCAUUGUAAUAGUGCCCUUCCUCAACCAAGAAAACCUGCACUUUGUUACCUGCCCAGAGAUUUAUACACACAGAUCAAAAAAACUGAAUUGAAAAAAGGGAAGCUCAGUGCUAUUGAAAACUGAA